AUGUUCAGUCAGCCGCCCGCUGCAUCGCUCUUUGGUUGUGUUGCAGCGGUCAUUGUUUACUACGCCUGGGCCGAUGCGACCAAAGACACCCUCCUGAGGCAGCCCGGCUGGUCGACGCGGAUCCCACACUCGACGUUGCGACGUCAACCCGCAGUUCAGGGAAGCUUCCAAGUCCAAGGCCCGCCGCUCGAGGGCCAGGAUUCCAAGCUUCGACUGGGAAGCCACCACUCACGGAUGGAUUCAGCCCGACCUGGACCCCCCGGCUGCCGUCCAAGCAUCGCACACGCUCCACUGAAGAAGCCCGUUCACGGCCAUCACAUUGGGUCCGACGCUACCUCACCCAACUCGGAGCAGGAGUUGACUCUCUUCUGUUGUGCUGCUAGCUUUUGGGCCCCCAAGUCCAAGUCCACUUCCACCGUCGCCAUCCAACUUCCCCUAGACCCCUGCUCCCCUGUCCGGCCUACCACGCCUCCACGCCUCCUACCACGCGAGCGAGCCAAGCCAAGCCAAUAUUGCUGCCAGCUCCCCCCCAUCGACCAUCCCGUCCCAUCUCACCAGCGCUCGUCCGCUUGUUGCUCCUUCUUAACCUCUUCUUCCCCCAGCCAGAGCCAGGGAUCGCCGUCGCCCUCCAAGAGCCUCGCCUUGCCUCAUCUCGCCAGCCCAGAUCCCACUGAGGAUCGUCUCGACGACUCGACAGUGGUGGACAACCUCGAAGCAGCCAUCGAUUUUUACAGCCGAAGCAACUGGACCUUGUUCGACGCAGAAGUACCUCGAGUCGCCGCCUUAGUGGACGAGACCAAUCUCUCAGCCCGUUCGCCGUCGCAUCAUUGA